AACGGCCGACUGCCGGGAAGUUCCAUUCACACCAGGGAGCCUUGGAAAUUCCUCGCCGAUCUGUAUAAAAGACCGGGGAGAAAGUGGCCUCUUCUCAGUGUUCAGCUUUACGAUGGAGUUCACACUUAAAACGUUGGGCUUGUUCCUGGCCGCAGUGCUCUGUCUGCUUCUGAGCAACGUUCAAGAGGGGGAGAGCAUCUACAUUCCUGCCAGAUGCGCGUGCCCUGAGAGCAAUAACUUCAUCCGAGACAUCCUAAUAGCAGAUUUUACUAUCACUGAAAAAGGAACGCACUGCAAAAAUGAUGAGAUCAUAGUGACGCUGAAGAAGGACAACUUGAAAGUUUGUUUGAAUGCUGAGGGAAAACAGGGCCAAAACCUCAUCAGCUGUUGGAACAGAAUACAUAAAAAUGAGAAUGAAAAGACGUCAUGUCUUCGACGAAGGAAGCCACAGAAUAAGUAAUGCUGGACAGGAGGAAAAAGUCCCUGGACGUCCCAGAGGAGCACUUUAAAAUGUCACCCAACAUGCAGAAAAUGUUGAAUGUUGGGGGUGACCAGGAGUCCUACCCCCAGUGAGCAGACCGGCCAGUUCUUCACACGGCAUCAUGCUGAGAAGAGCCACCUGCAGGCUCCACUCAACACCACUCGUCGCCGGACACUAAUCGUCUGAUGGGCUUCAAGUUCAUCACUCACUUUUCACAUUAGAUAAACGUCAAGCCGAGAUGGGUUGAAUAGGCGUUGUUGUCAUCAAGGCAUGCAUCUGCAAGUCUGUGUGUUGUUUGAGCACUGGUUUAGACCUGCUUACACUGUGAAUAAGUUCAUGAAUGAAGUCUCGAAGAUGAUGCAUACAAAUUUCUUAUGAGUGAUUACUGUGUAUUUAUUCUAUUUAUUGUCAUUAUUAUAUGUCAUAUUAUUAUGUUUGAUAAUAAAGUUUGUAAUAAUUAUUCUCAGAAA